ACACGGUCUUGAUCUGUGGAUGAUCUCCGGUUGCGCAAUCCUGGACUUCUCUCACUUGAGCUCUGAGACUCCGUCAGACAGUCCAAAGAAACUUUCAUUACAGCAGCAGGCGAAACUCGCCGUUCUUCUGUGAAGAUUGAGCUGAACCAAAUAUUGUUAUGUUUUUCACACUAUGUGCUGAACGCCCCUACAAUGCCAGGAAAUAUUUAAGAACUGUGAUCUUUGGAAGAGCUUUAUCGGUUCCAGUGGAACCUCUAGAACAUAGCGCCGUAUUGCUUUACACAAAACGCACAUUGAUACAAAUGCAGCAAUAAGAGAAGAUCUUGGGGACCGGUGCAUCACAGACCGCUCUUUGCUACAAUGCCCGUGCAAGCCCCGCAAUGGACCGAGUUUCUGUUGUGUCCCAUCUGCACGCAAACCUUCGAGGAGAGCCACCGCAAGCCCAUCAGCUUGGGCUGCGGACACACCGUGUGCAAAAUGUGCCUGAACAAACUGCACCGCAAGGCCUGCCCAUUCGACCAGACCGCCAUCAGCACGGACAUCGAGCAGCUGCCCGUCAACACUGCGCUGCUGCAGCUCGUCAGUGGCCAGGUACCCAAACCUCCACCCGUCACCUUACUGACAGCUGCAGAGGACGUCAAGCACUAUGAGGAGUCCCGCACAUGUGUGGAAGACCUGGCGCUCUAUCUUAAACCCCUGAGCAACACCAGAGGUGCAGGGCUGAAUGGCGCUACUCAGAGCGUGCUCAGCAGGCCCAUGCAGCGGAAACUGGUGACUCUGGUUCACUGCCAGCUGGUGGAGGAGGAGGGCCGCAUCCGGGCCAUGCGGGCGGCCCGUUCUCUGGGUGAACGUACUGUCACUGAGCUCAUCCUCCAGCACCAGAACCCCCAGCAGCUCUCCUCCAACCUGUGGGCUGCCGUCAGAGCCAGAGGCUGCCAGUUUCUCGGCCCUGCCAUGCAGGAAGAAGCAUUGAAGCUGGUUCUUCUCGCUCUGGAAGAUGGUUCGGCCCUUUCACGGAAGGUUCUGGUCCUGUUUGUGGUCCAGAGACUCGAACCACGUUUUCCUCAGGCCUCAAAAACCAGCAUAGGACAUGUGGUGCAGCUCCUCUACAGGGCCUCCUGCUUUAAGGUCACUAAACGUGAUGAGGAUUCCUCCUUGAUGCAGCUAAAGGAGGAGUUUCGCACAUAUGAGGCUCUUCGGAGAGAACACGACUCUCAGAUUGUUCAGAUUGCAAUGGAGGGUGGACUGCGUAUCGCCCCUGACCAGUGGUCAUCUCUACUCUAUGGCGACCAGUCCCACAAGUCCCACAUGCAGUCUAUUAUAGACAAGCUGCAGACACCAGCAUCCUUUGCUCAGAGUGUUCAGGAACUCACCAUUGCCCUUCAGAGAACCGGAGAUCCAGCCAAUCUCAACCGCCUCAGACCCCAUCUGGAGCUGCUGGCUGACAUCGACCCCAGCCCAGAUGCCCCUGCGCCCACAUGGGAGCAGCUAGCCAAAGGGUUGGAAGCUGUGCGUACCGUUGUUCACGGCCUGGUGGAUUUCAUCCAGAACCAUAGCAAGAAGGGAGGUGAUCAGCAGCAGCCACCUCAGCACAGCAAAUACAAGACCUACAUGUGCCGGGACAUGAAACAAAAAGGCGGCUGUCCUCGUGGAGCAAGUUGCACCUUCGCUCACUCUCAGGAAGAGCUUGAAAAGUACCGUAAGAUGAAUAAACGUUUGGGAUUGCGCCGACAGCUUAGUCAGUCCCUGACCCAGCUGAACGAGAUGGACCUUGCCGCUGGUCUGUUAUCUGACGAGGGGCUGCAGAUGGAGGGCCUUCCACGCAAACCCUCUUCCAUCACCAACGGCAUCCUAGCAGCAGGACCUGGAUCCACUCUGGCCCACCUGGUUUCUAGAGGCUCGGACCCGUCUUAUGAGCCAUCACACAAACCAGGGAAGAUGGACUCGGGGAGCCUCAGUGCCCCUGGCUCACCUCCAGACUCAUUGGAAUCCAUCCCAAAAUCAGGAAUGCUUACAAAUUCUCUCUCUAGGGUGGCCGGCGAUGGCUCAGUCGGACAGAAGCACAUGCCUGCUGUGCCUAGAGUUCCUUACCCAUAUUCACCACACCAGUCUGAACUGUAUUACUCUGAAGCUAGAGCGCCGCCGCCGCCACCAUCUGCCCAAUAUGAAUCCUCCCAGUACCCUGCAGGUAAUCCUUAUCCCCACCACCACGUCCACCCACGCUACACCCGUCAUCCCGCUCCAGAUCCAGGCAUGCCACCAUAUCCGGACUCUUAUCCCAGCUCCUACUCUUCAAAGCACCAGUAUGCCAACCCUAGCUCCCAUUAUGGAUACCCUUCACACCACGAUGGCCGUCGCCACUCAGCCUACGCCCAUCCCCAAACAUUCGCCUCACGGGAGGAAAUGGUCCGAAGGAGUCCGGACAUUCCUCCGCCACUACAGCCCCAAAGCGCCGCCGCCUCGUACCUGCCGGAAUCAGCUCAGGAAAGAUACGCCACAGAGAACUAUAACCACUCCAGUCAGAUCAGGAAUUACCACAGGAAUGCCUACACACGAGCACAGCCCUCCCUCGACUACCUGCACCGUCGCAGACAGGAGAUCAUGGCCCAACUGGAGGAGAGAAAGGUUGUUUCCUCGCCACCCUUCGGCUCCUCGCACUCGUACGACCCCAGCUACCCUCAGGACAUGAGGGGACAGAGCCAUUACAUGGAGGAGAACUCCCAUGGUUUUGGACACUUCCGGGAUCCGGACUACACCGCCUCAUAUUCCCCUUGGUCAUGCGACACCUUUGGUUCCUACAUCGGCAGCAAGGAUAUGAAGUCCAAAGAGGGCAUGAACUCCAUGGAAACACAAAAUUUAGACAAAGGCAAAAGUCUGAGAGCGCACAACUUGGAGCUCCAACGCAGAGCGGCAGACGUGAAAGACGACGACCCCAUCAUUCCCUUUGGCUCCCUGCCAACCGUGUCUCGUUUUGGAGCCAUUUCACGCACGUCUAAACCAGGCUACCCACCAAACAGUACGAUGCUGCCUUUGCCUAACUCUGCCAAACACGCCGCUGACUACACCUAUGUGAACCACAGUGGGUGGAGCGGCGACUCCUACCAGCCGCACCAAACGUCUCAGGGGCACUUCAACGAGCGAUCCCCUGCCGUGCAGGUGCGUGAACAGCUGAGGAUGGAGCUACAGCAGGUCAACCAGCAAAUCAGUCAACAGACUCAGAGCCGCGGCCUUGAGAAGCCAAGCUCAGUGAUGUCCCAGCCACCACGAGUGGACUGGUCCUCUGGGAGUAUGUCCAGUGAACAGCUGAGUCUCGAGCUGCACCAGGUGGAGAGAGAGAUUGACAUUAGGACACAGGAGAUGGCCAUGGAGAACCACGAUGGCAAGUACAAGCGCGUCUCAGUCGAAAACGGACAAGACGAACACGCUUUGCAACGAGAGGAUCAUCCACUAACUCUUAGUGAGGGCUUAAACGGCUCCAUCAGUUUGGUCCAGGACUGCGGUCUUGUCAGUAGCAGCAUGUCCUCGCUGACCAGCAAGACAUCAUCUCUCAGUUUGUCCUCUGAACAGGUGGCCAGCAGCCCUGAUCUGCCCAAGAACGGAGUUGUCCACUCCUAGCCGGCUCUUUCUACCUCAGAUUCCCCUUCUGCGAACCACCGGAGCACUCAGUAACCAGGUGGCUCUCUUGUCCCAGGUUAAACGGUCUGGAGCAGGAUGCUCCAUAAUCGCUGUAUAACACACCCCAAUGCAUUCGCUUAAUCCUGAUCGUUAGCUUCCUCCGCUGACCCUCCGACACCCGUCAGGCAGAUAUGGGUGGAGUUUGUGUGGGAUUCACUGUGCAUGUGCCUCAAGAGACUUGCACAAUCAUGCCCUGAUUUAGUUCCUUUUUUUUACAGCAGUAUCUGCUGUUGAGUAUUUUCUUCUUUUGUAUCCUUUUUCCUGAGACAAGCCUUUUUUCAUUGCCUCAUAAAUCAGGGUGAAUCCAAAAUAUCCUCAGUCUUAAGUAUUUGUCAGGCGACAUAUAACAUGAUCUCACUUAUGUUGUUUAAUGAUCAUUAAUCCACUAUCUUGGGUUUCAAAAUUUCCUUUUUAUCAUAAUGUGCUACGUUUUCGGUAGUUACGCUCGUUUGUGCUUUGUGUGGCAUUUACACUUCUGUCUUUUUCUGAGUUUACAGUGUUCAGAUUCAUUAUUUUUUAAUAUAACCCCAGACUUGCUGCAUAUUCACCUAAACAGAAACCAUUUUGUUCUACGAUGAGGGUCAAAAUGAUGAAUCAUGUGUCAUACAUUAGGCUUCCUUUUGGCUUUUACAGUGCGAUUGUUACAAUGCACAUUAUUGUGUGUUAUAGUAAUGCUCGUAAACCCAAAUGUUAACUGAAUUGACCUCGAUUGCACUCAUGCCAACAAACCCAAAAGUCUUAACGGGACCCUUGUAUUGUACACUUCACUGCCUGGGGGAUUUCGAUUGAACCGCCUGUAAUCAUUCUCAUCUUCUGCCGUAAUGUCCUCAGGGAUACAUUAUUUAGCCUCUUUUUUGUGGAUGUGGAUAGGAAUAAAAAUCCAGGUCAGCCUGGUUUUUUUCCAUAGUGGGUAUACAUACAUUUUCCAUCCUGAGGAUGGAAAGAAAGCCGCUACGAUAAUGCAUAAAGAUGCAUUCUGUUGUAAGAAUGCUUAUGUACUUCUCUUCACUUUGUCAGUGAAAUUACGAUCUUCAGAACAAGCCACAUUCUUUGUGUAUGCGGCGUUUUUCACUUCGAAAGAUGUAGCAUAUAUUCAGAGCAAAAAGAAAGACUUUGAUCCAGCUGUAGCCGCCUCAAGACUCUCCUUCAUUCUCCGUUACAUCUUUGAAGUUUAAAGACCAUUGUUUUGAUGGGCCGGUUCAAUCGAAUUCCCCUAUAGGCUGGGCUCAACUGUGUACAUCACAGUCCUCCUCAACUUCAUUCAAAUACUGAUGGGGGAUUAAAGGAGCUCCUGUCAUUUGUAUCACACCAUGUGACCUGUUGGACUCCUUAUCUUUUAAGAGAGCCAAUCUACUAAUUAAGACACUUUCCAUAUUUCACAUGAUUUGGAUUUUUUUCCGACCCAUCCAAAAAUGUAUUUUGUGUCAGUCCCACCACUAACCAGUUCUGUUUUUUUGUUUUUUUUUUCAUGAUGAAAAUGUAUUUACUGUAAGGCAUUUGGCACAUAAAAACAUCAAGAGUGACUGCCUAUGGCUUAUACAUUGUGUUGUUGGGUAUAAAAGUCAAAGUUUGUAGAAACAGCAAUUGCGUUAAAAUGUGACUGUUAAAUUAGUUUCAUCGAUAAAGUACACAACACGUAGUCAUAUUUCCGUUAGUUUAUCUGCAGUCAAUACUGCUGUAGGUUUAUCAAAACGCUUGCACUGUAAAUCUCAAACUUGCAUUCUUCCAUGUAGAUCGCUUCCUUGGUGGUGAGAUCUCAUCACUUAAGAAAAAGUCACGCCUCGAUAAUUUAGCUUUAAGUUGGAAAUGAGCUUGCUUUAUUUUUUACCAUAUAAUAGUCUCUUGAGACAUCCUGCCGCAACCUUAAAAGCACCUAUUUUGGUGGAACUUCUGUUAAGUUGGAGUUGAUUUCUAUUGUUUUUAUUUACGUUAUUACGGUAUUACUGUGGCUUUGGUCUGAGCUUUUGACAUAUAAGCAAUCGUCAAGAUUGGAUAUUUCUUCGUUUAGGUAACAGAACUGUGAAUGCACAGUGUAGACUUUGAGGAUAGCACAAAUUUACCCAAAAUUUGUUGUAAAGAAACAGAAAAGCAGAAGCUUUUUGUUGUUGUUGGUUUGAAGCCAAAUGGAUUACAAACUUUAUUGGCAUUUAGUAAAAGGCGAAGGUGAAUUAAAAUUUUGAGCAUCUAGAACGCGUUCUAGGUUCACUUGGGUGGUAACGUCAUCUUAAUUUUUUUCAUUUUAAAGAAACACCUGUCUUUAUCUCAGGGUCGGUUUUUAGUGUAUUUGGGUGUGAACGUCUUUGUUCCAUUGCGCACUCUUUUUGUUUUCAGGACUGCAAUUGUCUGUUUGGAGACUUGAAGACUUCAGGACUGUGCCUUUAUGCAGAUCUGCAGUUAUUCACAUAUUGGGUGUGUAGAUGUAGCUGAACCAUCUUUAUUUAUAAUAUUCAACUCUUCUCAGUCUAAGUCAGCAUUUAUAUUAAAUGAUCUCUUCGAAUAUGCAGGCUUUUAGACCGCCAAACUGAGUACUGCCUAUCCUUUCUGAGAUAAAGGAAUUUAUUGCCAGGUCAUUUGUUGUUGUAGCCAUUUUGUGUAUCUUUCGUGCAAGUGAACUAGAGUAUUUAAGCAUGCUACAUGGUGUGAUGGUGGUCUUUUGAUGUUGGGGUUCUUUGAAGAGUCUAAAUUGGAACAGGAAAACAAGGACAGUCUGUGAAUUGUCUCGUAGUUUGAUAUCGAUAUUCAGAGAGGGAGUGUCAAGGCUCAUAUUUAACGACAUUAUUGGAGGUCUGAUACAGGUAAACAAAUCAAGGUUUACUGUUCUCAUAAAAGCCAUUGAUACAAUCCUCGACAGAUUUUCAUUGUUUCCUUGAAUGAAACGCAGAUUGUAUGAACACUUGCAGAAGGGCUUAAAAUUAUGUAUUUGAAGUCAGCCAUUUGAAAACCAACUUUUAAACUAUUGUUGCAAAGCAACAUUUACACGAUCACCCGAUGAGCCAAUGGGAAUCGCUAUCGAUUUGAAAAGGGAACCAAAAUGUUUACUACGGUGAAUCUCAUGAAACCAGUCAUAAAACAGUCACAUUUCAUCCCAAAGUUAAAGUAUGUAUGUAUGCAUUGCAUUAAAUGAAUCCUAUUUUUGCGGCCUUUUAUUUUUUGCUUUGUGGAUUUUAUUUUCAUGACAUUAAGCACAAGUAAUUCUUUGUAUUGUAAAAAUUUAAAAGUAUUGAUACAUCAUUGUAGCAUUUAUAGUUUAAUUUAUACUGAUUUUAUUUUUAAAAAAUUGUUUUUGUUACUGUUUUACAGUAAUGAGAAUGAUUUUUUUUUGUUUGUUUUUUUUUUGCAUUGUGGUAAUGAUUUUUUUUUGGGGGGGGGGUUAAUUGGCUUAAUUGUCUAAAAAUAAAUGGUCUUAAAGAUGUGCUUUAUUUUUUUUUUACUGCAAAUUUUUUAAAGUUCUUUUGGGGUGAAAUAUGACUAAUUCGUGAGAUUUAUCCAAAAAAAAAAAAAAAUUUGUAUUUAUGAUCAGUGUGUAAUAAAAAGCCUCAGUGUUUCCUCACUGGAACUCAUUUUCUUAUUGUGAUUGUUGACCGUGUUCAGGGUUCAAUACAAAUGUAGUACUAAUUAGUGUCAAACGUUAUAAAAAUGAGAAAGUAGGAAUUGUUGAAAUCUGAAUUUUGACAUUUAGUGCCUGAAACACCAGAGAUUGUAGUAUGUUUUCCCACAGAUAAAUGAUUAAUGGUACAUAUUGUUCCCUGGUCUCGAGGGGAAAGUAUGCGUCAUGCACAUACACACGUAGUAGAUUUAUGAGAAGUCAUAAUGUUACUUGAAAACAUAAGGGUUGUGCACAAAUACAGGCUUUAGUGCUUUAGCUUAUAGCUGUAGGAAGUAGUUUUGAAAUGAAUGAUUGUGUGUUUGUGUUCAGGUGUGUCCAAAGAGAGUGCUGUCUGUCCACCUCAUUUCUGUAUGUUUGUUCCCACUGAAACUCAUUGCUUGCACUCAUGUAUUGACUAUUUUCCUUGAGAUAGGGGUGUUGCAUUGUGGUCUUUAUACCAUGAUUCCUAACAUUGGGAUAUAUGAUUGUUUUUGAUGAUUUCUCCCAUGUUAUCUCAUGAUAGACUGCUUAAAUUAAGGUACACUUUAACUUAAACCUGAAUAAGAAAAUAAAUGUUUGUAUAUUAUACUCCAUUAAGGAAUGUUUAGAAUAUUUCUCCAAUGUGGAUGUAGUUGUAAUACCUUUUUUUUCUCUCUCUCUCUCUCUCUCUCUCUCUUUGUACAAGAAUUCACUGUGUGAAAUUUUGGAUUGCAUUUUUGUAUAAUACAAUUGCUUUUCUUUGAGAGGGCAGGGGGUAUUACUAACUGGAUUUUUGAAUUAGAUAUCAAAAAACUUGAAAAAAUUAUUUAAUAAGAAAUGUAUUUUAUGUGCAGCAGUGAUUCUGGCAUGGAUUAUGAUUAAAUGAGAUUGUAAACCA